GUGUAUCCACCUCCUUCACAGGAUAAGAGGUCUUCAGGGAAAGGGGGACUAGGACUUCUUCACGUACUGUGGAAUAACCUACCAAAUGAUAACCAUCAUAAGGAAGAAACUCUUUGAACAAGUAUAGAAAGAGCCAUCAAUAAGUGUUGGAAAACACUGAAGAAAUUGUGGAAUACCAACUACAACAAGCAUCCCAAUCUGGAGAAUAAGAAUUUCUGUUCAACCACCAAAUUCUGAAUAUUCUGGAGCAACCUGGUGUGGCAAGGCACGUAGAGCCGAGCUAAGUGGACUUAGUGAGUCAUAAAAAGAAGGAUGAUUAAGAGGCCUUGCAAGUGCAGGGGUGAGGUAUGAGGAGGCAAACCAACUGAAGAACCAGAAACCUGCUUUCAAUGUGAAACCACAGCACCAUGCUGCUGCCAACCUGGCACAAGAGGACCCUGACCACAGCAAGACACACACUCCUGCUCAUCUUAUUCUUUGUUAUCUGCAUCCAGCAGGUAACCGGCUCAGUGCUCGAGAGUCUGAUAGCUAAACGGACUGAAUACUGGGAGAACUGCAACAGAACUCUGGCAACAAGCACACUCUCAGAAGCUGGAAUCUACUGUAAAGGAAUGUUUGACAGUUUUGUUUGUUGGCCCCACUCUUCUCCGGGGAACGUGUCGGUCGCCUGCCCUUCUUACUUACCAUGGAUCAGCGAGGACACCUCAAGGAGGGCACACCGAGAGUGUUUGGAGAAUGGUAGAUGGAGACGGAGGGAGAAUUCCUCAGAGCCCUGGAGGAAUGACACAAAUUGUAAGGAGGACACAUACUUCAAAGACAAGGAGGAAGAAAUGCUUCGGCAGACAGCCCUCAGGCUCAUCUCUGUCAUUGGCUAUUCCCUGUCCCUGUCCUCUCUCACCCUGGCGACUCUCCUGAUAGGCAUUCUGAGGAAGCUCCACUGUACCAGGAACUACAUUCACAUGAAUCUGUUUGUGUCAUUCAUCCUGAGAGCCAUGGCUGUCAUCUCUAAGGAAAUCACAUUAUACAUCAUGUAUUCCAAGCUACCCAAGGAUGACCCCGGGUGGAACUCCUACUCAAGCUCUGCGAUAGCGUUGAUGUGUAAGUUCUCCAAAGUGUGCAUGGAAUACUUUGUUGCCUGUAACUACUUCUGGCUGCUGGUGGAGGCCAUUUUCCUCCACACACUGCUCUUCACAGCUGUACUGACCAAGAGACGUCUCUUGAAGAAAUACAUGCUGCUAGGAUGGGGAACACCUAUUUUGUUCGUAACACCAUGGACAGUUGUCAAGAUUAUUUAUGAAAACACAGAAUGCUGGUCAAUUGUGAACAGAUGGUUCUGGUGGAUAAUAAGGGGACCAAUUACAUUAUCAGUACUGGUAAUUUUUUUCAUAUUCAUCAAGAUUCUGAUGCUACUGCUGUCCAAGUUAAAAGCAGAUCAGGUGAAAUUUACAGACUACAGAUACAGCUUGGCCAGAGCAACACUGGUUCUUAUUCCUCUGCUGGGGAUCCAUGAGGUCGUCUUCACUGUGCUGAUAGACGAGUGUGUUGAGGGCAGCAGUCGCUACGCCCGAAACUUCAUCAACCUCACCCUCAGUUCCUUUCAGGGAUUCCUGGUUGCUGUACUGUACUGUUUUGCUAACGGAGAGGUCCAAGCUGAACUGAAGAAGCGCUGGCAGCUUUUCCUUUUCACCAACCACUUCCAGGUCAGGAGCUGUUUCCAGAGUGUGCCGCUCAAGCACCUGUGGAAAUGCACUCGAGGGCCGCCGCAGGGCUCGCGACAGAGUGACUCCUACGACGACGGUGGCACCUCCACAACCAAUCCGCACAUGCUUCAGGUGGCUGUACAAGGAAGAGGUGGGAGGCUUGGACUGGGAGAGGUUCAAGGUCAAGGGUUGAUGGGCUGUGACGCAACAGGACUUGACUUUCUCACCAGGAAAAGCCUGUCCAGUAGCGAUGGAGAGAUGACGCAUGGGGAAACCAUGGAGGAGAUUCUGGAGGAAAGUGAGUUCUGAUCCCCUUCAGUCAGUUCAUUGCCACCUGGCAUGGAAAGAUUACGGAUGAACACCUGAGGAUAACGGUGAGAAAACAGUAUUUUAUAUUGUAUUUUUUCCCAAAAUAGAUUACCCUCAGAGUAAGGGUGGCAACUUCCCAAAAUCCUGAGGUUUAUUUUUUGGGUCAGUUCGUUUGUUGUAAUUUGAUUUAUUGCAAAUGUAUUAUGGAAGUUAAUAUAAGUGCUUGUUUCUAUGUUAUAUGCCCAACAUCAACCAAGUUGGGUCUUUUAGGCAUGUCCUUUAGAUGCAAUCUGUGUUAAAAUGUAGACCUUCCAAUAAUUGUUUACAUUACAUAACAUGUGUAUAUUCCGAAUUAAAUUCUCCUUUAUAAUUGUGCUAAGGUGUUGGUCUCACCAGAAGGUCCUUGUUAAACUACCUAAAGUGAUUGUUGCUGACUAAAUGACUAACGCAGUCCUUUUACAUUUUGUUCUUUGGAUUGAAGCAUUAUAUUUAUCAUUUCAUUUGAGGGUCAUCUCCUGGCUUACCCAAUAACUUGGUCGCCAAUGGGACAUAUGACAUUAGCGCUGUAGUUAUUUGAGAAAUGAAUUGUACCAACAACUUUAUAACAUCAACAGAGGUGGGUAAGCGUUAAUUAAAUGGAUGAUGCCAAACUGGCAACAUUGGACUCCGCGGUUCUGUCAAACUUCAGCCUUUUCAGGACAUUUGCAUCGGUCCAAGGCACAGGUUUCUGUUUCAAAGUUUAUCACACAAACCAUUAUUUCUCCCCAGCAAAUUCACAGAUUCAUUUUAUACUUUUAUCAUAAGUUGUCACUCGUAAUUAAUGAGAUGGUCUCCGUGAAAAUACUGAAGUUGCAAGGAACAAUAUACUUUGCACCGUAUACUUUAAGGCCCAAUAGACUUUCUAUAUUUCUUAUUUUGAACAUGACUUAGGAAUCAAUUCCGGGCACAAGAGAUUGAUUUAGUGAAGGGCGGGAGGAUUAGAAAAAUGUUGAUUGUUGAAGAAUUUGUGAUUACUUAAUUAAUGGGAUUGUUAAUUACACCCACUAGCAGCAUGUAAAUGUUAAUGCUAUAUUUGUACAUACAGUAAAUCUCAUACUAUACAAAUAUAAAAGCAGUGUUAAGCCAUUUUUACACAUAUCUGAGUUGUUAUCAUGUUAACUCUUACUAUGUCAGGUCAUUUAUAAAUAUCCAUAUGACACGAUGUCUGGAUUGAAAUGUGCAUAUAAAUACAAUGUAUUUGUUGUCUUAAUGUGAAUAAUGAAGAGGCUCUAUGUGCAGCACGUUUUACAGUUUUCUAUUCUUAUGAAGCUUAAAAUGUAUUAAAAAGGCAUGUAUGUACACAAAUUAAA